AGACAUAAACAGUCUAGAUUCAUAUUAGAAAACAGUCUAGUUAGUUUGCACACACACACAACCAGAUUAAGCACGAUGUUUAGCGUAUGUAUAGCACCGGUACUGUUGGCCAUCGUGGGUAUGUGUGCGGCGGCCGACACACCCGUACAGCUAGACGUUUACUACGAGAGUCUGUGUCCCGACUGUAUGCAGUUUAUUAAGACUCAAUUGGUGCCCAACUAUAAAAAACUUGCAUCAAUCAUGAAUGUGAACAUGGUGCCGUACGGCUGGGCCAAAUCGACCAAGGUAGCCAAGCCAGAUGGCACGUUUGACCUAACAUUCACCUGUCAACACGGGCCACAGGAGUGCAUUGGCAAUGAGAUACACAACUGUGUUCUAGAGAGCGAGACCAUUGCCCGAUCGCUGGAACUGUUUGGCUGUAUGUAUGCGUCCAAAGACUACACCAAACCGGCCACCGCUGCCAAAGAAUGUACAUCGAAGUUGGGCUUCAACUACACGGCUAUCGACGAGUGCGCGUCCGGACCGUUGGGUCGGGGACUACACCUCAGGAGUGGUGAGCGCUUCCAGGCGUUGACUAACCCUAAACCCAAUUUUGUGGUAUGGGUUGUAGUGAAUGGUGUGCACACUCAGGCCAUUGCCACCCGGGCUGAGUCUGAUCUAGUCGGUCUUAUUUGCGAUACCUAUAAGUUCAAAUUGAACACGUUCAGUUACGGCCGGUUUAACAAAACCACCAAGCCCGAAGGCACGUUUGAUCUAGAGUUUCAAAAUGCCACUCAGGUGGCUGGAACUUUAAUUCAGUCUUGUGCUAUGGAGAUAAUGCCCCAGGAUCAGUCGCUGGCUUUUUUAGCAUGCAUGUUUAAAUCCGCUCAAUACGAUAACGCCGAUGUGGCCGGAAAACAGUGUGCAAACGAGUUAAACCUUAAAUGGGAGGCCAUAGAGGAGUGCGCAAAGGGGCCGUUGGGUAGGGGUCUGUAUUUGCGUGGCCUCGAGCACAUGGAAGCCGCCAUAGAGGAGUGCGCAAAGGGGCCGUUGGGUAGGGGUCUGUAUUUGCGUGGCCUCGAGCACAUGGAAGCCGUUAAACCGAAAAUCACCUGGUUCCCUUGGAUUAUUGUCAAUGGCCAACACACUGACCUAGAGCAACAGACCGCCGAAAAACAUUUGGCCAAGUACAUUUGCGAUACAUACACG